AUGUUAAGGUGGUUCAAAGUCACUAAAUUGCAAAUAAAAAUCUGGAUUAUAAUCAUAUUAAUUGCUUUCAUUGCUGAGAUGUGUACAGUGCCAAAGUUAUUUUUAGAUAGAUUAAAGCAUGGUAAGAGUAAAGACAGAAAACCUCCGCAGCCUCCUUCAGAUGUUCCAAUUGUGCAAGAUCCAUCGAAUAUAACAGAUGGAUACUCUGUUGGUACAUACUACUCCAAUUGGUCUCCAUACAAAGCGAGAAAUUAUAAACCAUCAGAUUUACCUUUUGAUUCAUUAACGCAUGUAUAUUAUGCCUUUUUUGCUGUUAAUGGUCGGACGGGUGAGAUUCAACCUAAUGACAAUUGGUCCGAUUUUGAGCUACCAAUGAGCAAAGGGGUUAAAGGGUGUAUUAAAGAGUUGCAAAAGAUCAAAAUAGAAUCGAAUCACAACUUUAAAACAAUUCUUUCUGUUGGUGGAUGGUCUAAUCGAGAGGCUUUUAAAAAGAUUUCAAACUCAGAUGACAAGGUCAAGACCUUUGUUAAGUCAACUGUAGAAAACAUGUUCAAAUACGGAUUUGAUGGUAUUGAUUUAGACUGGGAAUUUCCUGAAGAAGAUACUGAUGAACCUAUGGUUUAUUUGGAUAUGAUGAAGGGAAUCAGAAAAGAGAUGGCAGAUUUAGAAGAACGUAUUUUUGGCCCUGAUGAUGCCACAGGCGCUCAUUCACACUUCCAACUCUCUGUUGCUACUCCAGCUUUUGAAGAAAAGUUAAAUAUCAUGCCAAUUUCGGAAAUGGCAAACUACAUUGAUAUUUGGAACAUGAUGUGUUACGAUUACCAUGGAGAAUGGUCGGAUUUGACUGGUUAUCAUAGCAAUUUAUAUGCAAGCCACCAUUCGCAUAAGAGAAAUAUUAAAGAUCGUUCAACAAAUGCUACUUUUUCUGCAGAUGCUGCAAUUAGGAUCAUGAUAGAAAAAUACAACGUCCCUGCUACUAGAAUAUCUCUUGGAAUGGCCGCUUAUGGACGUGGGUUUACCAAUGUGAAAACUAACGAUAACAAUUUCCUUGGUAAAAAGUAUCAUGGAGUUGGUGGUGAAUCCGAAGGGGAACCAGGCAUUUGGUUAUACAAUCAACUUCCUAUUGAAGGUACUACCGAAGAAUUUGAUUCAAAUGCUGUUUCAGCAUACUGUUUCGAUCCAAAAUCAAAAACAUUUGUAGGAUACGACAACGUUCGUUCCAUGAGUUACAAGGGUAAAUAUAUAAAAGAUAUGAAUCUACAAGGUGGAUUCUGGUGGGAAGCCUGUGGUGACUCCAGAUCAGCUGAAAGAUCCCUAGUUAAUGCCUUUGUUAAGGAGGUUGAACCUUCAAAUAGUUUCGUAUCGAUGUUCAAAAACCCCAAAGUUAGGGAAUAUCACUUACAAACUUAUCCAAAAGAUUAUCUAACCGAUCUCUUUAAAUGA